AAGCCGUCAGCUGACUUCCAGGCCGGAGGAGGGCCGGAGGGAGGCAGGGAGUCAUCCUGAGGUAAAAGAUCUCUGAUGUCAACGCUAAUCCUUUAGCAACCCCCCAAAAAAAGACGGAAAUCGGGUUGUUCCGCGCUUACUCCAGCGGAUCCUACUGAGGAGCGAGAAUCCGCCAUGGCAUGUGAGGCGUGAGGAGCAGCCACCAUGAUUGGAGGACUGUUCAUCUACAACCACAAGGGGGAGGUACUGAUCUCCCGCGUGUACCGCGAUGACAUAGGGAGGAAUGCGGUGGAUGCGUUCCGUGUGAACGUGAUCCACGCCCGCCAGCAGGUGCGCUCGCCCGUCACCAACAUCGCACGCACCAGCUUCUUCCACGUGAAGCGCUCCAACAUCUGGCUGGCAGCUGUCACCAAGCAGAACGUCAACGCCGCCAUGGUGUUCGAGUUCCUCUACAAGAUGUGCGACGUGAUGGCGGCCUACUUCGGCAAGAUCAGCGAGGAGAACAUCAAGAACAACUUCGUCCUCAUCUACGAGCUCCUGGACGAGAUUCUGGAUUUUGGAUAUCCUCAGAACUCGGAGACCGGAGCACUGAAGACGUUUAUUACGCAGCAGGGGAUUAAGGGUCAGCAUCAGACGAAGGAGGAGCAGUCUCAGAUCACCAGCCAGGUGACGGGGCAGAUCGGCUGGCGUCGCGAGGGCAUUAAAUACCGCCGCAACGAGCUUUUCCUGGACGUGCUGGAGAGCGUCAACCUGCUGAUGUCUCCUCAGGGUCAGGUGCUGAGCGCGCACGUGUCGGGCCGUGUGGUGAUGAAGAGCUACCUGAGCGGGAUGCCUGAGUGCAAGUUCGGCAUGAACGACAAGAUCGUCAUCGACAAGCAGGGGAAAGCCGGAGCGGGCGACGACACCGGGAAGAGCAGCGGGAAGCAGUCCAUCGCCAUCGACGACUGCACCUUCCACCAGUGUGUGCGUCUCAGCAAGUUCGACUCGGAGCGCAGCAUCAGCUUCAUCCCUCCAGACGGAGAGUACGAGCUCAUGAGGUAUCGCACCACUAAAGACAUCAUCCUGCCGUUCCGCGUCAUUCCGCUGGUCCGCGAGGUCGGACGCACCAAGCUGGAGGUAAAAGUCGUCAUCAAAUCCAACUUCAAACCCUCCUUACUGGCUCAGAAGAUUGAGGUGCGCAUCCCCACCCCUCUGAACACGAGCGGCGUGCAGGUGAUCUGCAUGAAGGGCAAAGCCAAGUACAAGGCCAGCGAGAACGCCAUCGUGUGGAAGAUUAAGCGCAUGGCUGGAAUGAAGGAGUCUCAGAUCAGCGCUGAGAUCGAGCUGCUGCCCACCAACGAUAAGAAGAAGUGGGCUCGUCCUCCCAUUUCAAUGAACUUUGAGGUGCCGUUCGCUCCGUCCGGCCUGAAGGUUCGCUACCUGAAGGUGUUCGAGUCCAAGCUGAACUACAGCGACCACGACGUGAUCAAAUGGGUUCGCUACAUCGGCCGCAGCGGCAUCUACGAGACGCGCUGCUGACCGCGCGAGCAGCCGACUCCCGUCCCACACCUUCCCUCUGAGAUAGGUGGAUGAAUUAAACAAAACAAACAGUAGAGAAUUAUGCAAAUGUGAACCGUGACCUGUGUGUAUGAACAGUUAUAGCAGAGAGAGAGAGAGAGAGAGAGAGAGAGAGAGAGAGAGUCGUAGUGUGAGAACGUCACAGCACUGCGCAGUGUUCAGGGUUUAUUACAGCAGAUUGUGGGAUGAAUCAGGGUGUGUCCCAAAUGCUAGUUAACAUCCUAGAUACAAAGCAAUUCUUCUGGUUAUCAUGCUGGUUACAGACUACGAAGGGGAAAAAAAAAACUCCUUACUGACUAGUUUGUUAGAAUGAAUUGUCAGUGACGUUUGGGACACGACCCCGCUGCACGAGGAAGGAGGAAGGAGGAAGUGGUGCAGUGCUGUGAGGAUCGAUGUGGUGUGAUGUGUCCUGCAGUGUUCGCUCUCUCUCUCAGUGUCUGAUCUCGCUGUCUGUAACAGUAAACGUAUAUAUAAAUAUAUUAAAAAAAACUGGGGGAAAAAAAGUGUCGUAUUCCUCUCUGCUCCCACAUGGUUACCCACCAAGCUGCAUUCGGAUUAAAGCCGUAACUCCGACCAGGAAAAACCAGUUAGCACUUCUUCCCUUUAAAUGAGUUACACUGCAUACACACACAUUCCAGUGGAUAUAAGAAGUUUACACACCCCUGUUAAAAUGGCAGGUUUUUGUGAUGUUAAAAAAAAAAAAAAUUAAACCAAGAUGAAUCAUGUCAGAACCUUUUCUAGCUUUAUUGUGAAAUUGCAAGCUGUAAAUUAAAGUGAAAAAUAAUAAGAGAAAAAUAAAAAAUGCACAAUACCCUGGUUGCAUAAGUGUGCACUCCCUAAACUAACACUUAGUUGAAGCACCUUUAGAUCAGUUCAGUCUUUUCUGGUAAGAGUCAAUCAGCUUGCUACAUUUUGACUUAGCAAUAUUUUGCCAUUCUAACGCUGUCAGACUGGCUGGGCAUCUCAGCCCUCUUCAGUUCACCCCACAGGUUAGUGACUGGGUUUAGAUCUGGACUCUGGCUGGGCCGUGCUAAAGCCUUGAUCUUGUAGUGGUAAAGCCAUUGCUUUGUUGAUUUGGAGGUGUGCGUCGGGUCGUUGUCAUGCUGAAAGGUGAAAUUCCUCUUCAUCUUAAGGGCUCUAGCAGAAGCCAAACUUACGAGCUUUAGCCAAGAUUGGAUGUGGGGUUUUUUUUUUUUUUUUUUGGUUAAAAAAGGCUUCCGUAGUGCCACUCUGCCCCUUACCACAGACAUACGAUGAACUCAGGAGCUACCAGCACUACUUAGUGUUUAACACCAGCUUGAAUGUGAUUGAUUCUAGGGUGAUUAUAGGAAGUUUUUUGGUUUUUAUUUCUGGUUGUCACUUGAUUUUUAUGUGCUGCAAUUUUACAAUAAACGUGAACAAGGUUCUGACAUGG